AUGACAGGCUUAGAUAAAUUACAAAAAUGUUUACAAGAACUUGAAAAGUGCCGUCAAAAUAUAGUGCAAAAGACUAGCUUUGGUGAUGCCGUCAACGAAGCCUUUAGAUAUAGUCAAGAUAUUGAUCAAAUAGUUCUUAAUAAUAUUGAAGAUCAAGAGCUCGGUCUCGCUACCCAGCUGCUAUUUGAUUCUCAAUUUGGAAUUAUCAAAUUUCUUAACGAUACUUCACGAGUAACUGAUUCAAUAUUAGCAAAGGCAAAGAUAGCGCUUUUAGAAUUUCUUUUUCUUUAUAUCCAAAAGAUCAAAUCUGAUAUUGAACCAUAUACAGAAAACAUCAAGAAUGUACACUUUGGAAUUCUCAACGUUGAUAGUGAAGCCUUUGUAAAGGCAGCGUCUUUUAAGCCAAUGAUGGCGAUUCUUGAUUCAAGUAAAAGAUUUAUUGAUCCUGAAAAAUUCAAUAUCGAGGAUGUAAUUGCACGAUAUCUUGAGAUUUUCUUCGUAAGAAUAAAGAGUACAUCUGGAAUAAAAGCUAAAGCGGGUGCUUUAGAUAUGUUGGGAAUAAUUGCUCAUCGAUUUCCGGAAUAUGUCAAUGCUGAAAAAGAUAAAAUUCUUCGUGUUUUUAUAGCUAAUCUGAAAGAGAAAUCUUUAACUGAUGCAGCAUUUACGGGAUUGCAUUCAUUUUUAUUUGCCUACCCAGAUUCAUUAAAAAAUGGAAAUCAAGAUGCAUAUGUCUUUAAAUGUGUUAUGAACAGCAUCACUAUAUUUGAAAAUGAAAGAAUGUAUAGUAUAACUAAAACCGGACUUCAAUACAUAAUUGACCAUUCAAAUAUAUUUGGGGAAUUUUUCUUACGUGAAUAUAAAGAAAUGUGGCAAUAUUUUUGGAAAUUACGUGUCCAUCGUAAUCAGGAAGUUAGGAACACUACAUUUAAAGCUAUUUGGGCUUUUUUGAAACAGUAUUUUAUGUUAGUAUUUGAUAAUGUGGCAAGAGAAAGCAAAAAAAUAUCAGAUCAACCGCUAAGUGAAGAGGAACAAGAGCAAAGAAAAAAGGAUUUAUCUAUCGCAGUUCGUGGUGUUGGUUAUUUCGCUGCUUCCGCCAAAAGAUUAGAUAAAGAAGGGAAGUGGAAACCAAUAUUUCAAAAUCUCCUUAAUCCAAAUGAUUGGUCUAUAUCAAAUUUGAAUGAAACUGAAAUCAAAUAUUCGUUAUCACAAGUUCCAUUGUUUAUUGAGGCAUACUGCUAUAUUGCGCAUUCAACUUUCUCAUGGAUCAUUGACCAAAGUGGAUUUUCAAUUGAUGAAAAUCAAUUAUGUAUCAUUCAGUCGGAAUUCUUUUCUAUACUUUAUGAUGAAAUUAUGUCAUCAGUAUUUCGAAUGAUACGGACUUUAAAUUUAGCCAUUACAGAAGUCACUGGAGAAUCUAAACUUGUAACGAAAAAUAAUGAUCAAGAAGUUGAUGCCAAUUUAAUAGCUAUAGCAGGUUCUGGUGACCUAGAAAAUCUACAACCAUUGGUUUCUAAAGAUUUCGUGCUUUUCCAUAAUCUUGUCGAUUUUUGGCAAUUGUUUUUGCCUAGAAUAAAAAGUCACUUAUUUUCAAGAUGGGUCUAUCUUGCUGGAGACAAGUUAAUAACAUUUUCUACGCGAUAUCCAUAUGUUAGUGGAUUCUAUAAAAUGUUAAGCUCGUGUCUGACAGUAUGUGAAUCCAUCAACUUUUUUGAAGGUUUUGAUAAUCAGAAUGUUAUGAUGGGAGACUCUCAAGACCUAUGGUCUCCAACAACAUCACCAGCUCAAAAAUCAAGCUAUUUUCUUUUCAUUAAAUUCUUCAAAGAAGUUUCCGCUAGGCUUUCUCAAUAUAAGGAUGAUUUGCUGGCAUCAUGCUUACGUCUUGUUCUCUCUAUUCCACGUGAACUUAUUAACAUACGUAACCUUAUGUCGCCAAUUUGUAUUGCAUUAAAAAUGGGUCUAAGUUAUCAACCUCUUGCGACUAUUGGUAUAAGUGCAAUUGAAAAAUUAGUGGAUUUACAAGGACCUCAGGAUAUUAGUGAAUGGCUUGGACAAAUAUUGCCUCUUUUUAAUGAGUAUUUAUUAGUUAAAGCUGAUUCGGUGGACGAUACUAUUAAAGGUUUCGCAAAAAUUCAUAAUACACAUCGAACUAAGCGCGGAAAUUUCAAGUCAUUAGAUCAAACCCGGAAAGACAGAGUCAAAGAUAAAGGACAAAAGAAAUACGCUAAAACGAUUGUUGGCAUCGGGCAACUAGAAAAAAAUGUUGGAUUACAUGAUUUGCAAGUGCGCAUCCUUCGUUUGUUAGGGAGACUUGGUGGAGUUAGCAAGUUUGUGUUUGAAGAUAUUGUAAACAAUGAUCUGGCUUAUCGACCAAGUCCUUCAAUUAAUCCAACUGGAACCAAAGUAUCAAAUAAUAAAUUGCUUGCUUGGGAUCCAGAUAAACGCUUGUCAUUUGAGAUUCCAUUUCCUGACAUUAAAGUUGAAAUUCUGUUUGACGAGUUUUUACCGCGUAUAGUGGAACUUGCGGAGUCUUCACCUGAUCGUAAUACAAAGAUCGUUGCCUGUGAAUUACUGCAUUCAAUUAUUAUAGUUAUGGUUGGAAAAAGUGCAUUUAAAGCAGGACCACAGCAGAGUCCAUUUCAUCGCACAUAUCGUUAUAUAUUUCCUGCUCUUUUGAGAUUGGCAAUCGAUACUGAUCCUGUUCCACGAAAGAUUUUUCGUCGACUUGUUGCUCAAUUAAUUCAUUGGUAUACAAAUAAUGCACAAUAUGAGAACCCUGAAACAAUUACAUUAUUACAAUGUUGCCUUGACGCGAUAUGUGAUAGAUGGGGCUCACUAAGAGAUUAUGGUGCGGAAUGCCUGAAUGAGUUUUUAAUAUGGUCAAUUAAACAAUCCUCAGCUACGCAAGUAGAGGUGCAACCAAUGAAUAUGAAAUCUUUAUUGAAACGAUUAUAUAAUUUAUGUGCACAUCCCGAUUAUACAAAACGUCUUGGAGCUUCGCUUGCUAUUAAUCAUAUUUAUCAAGUGUUUCGUGAAGAAGAUUACUUAGUUGAUCAGUUCACCUUUGAACUCUUAUAUUGGAUAUUAGUCAAUCUAAGACUUUCCGAUAAUGAUCAGUCCGCAAUAGGAACGCGUCAACAAGCGAUUUCAGCGAUUCGUCAUCUGAAAAGAAUAAUUAAUGUAAAAUCUAAUUUGUUUUUAAACGAGUCUCCUAUGAGAAGAAAAUUUAAAAAUCUUGACAAAUCCGAUUUAUCAUCUUUGGUUGAGUGGCUAUUUAUUGAGACAAGUAGAAAAGAACAAGAUUACUCAAGCAUAUGUCGAGAAUUAUUUUACGAAUUCGUGAAGUUUCUUCCGGAUUUUAAAUCCGGCUUCAGAUGGGUUAAAUUUAGAAUUGACAGAAAUCCAUCAUUUUUGAAAAUUCUUUAUAAGACUUCAGAACUUUCUCUGUCAAAUAUAUUGCAUAAAGGUUUAGUUUCUCCACAAAUAAAAGAUUGGUGUGCACGACUUUUAUCCGUUUUAGCUAAUUACACAUGGCUUAUAAACGUAAGGUUCGUGUCACCUUUAGACUUAGUUUCAACUUUUGAUCAAACAUUCAAAGAGGCGGUCGACUAUUUCUUGGAAAAUUUUGUAAAAGAUAGCGAGGACUUUGUUACUGAUGCUAUGGAUAUUGAUGACGAGGAAUACUCUGUCAAAAACAUAGAUUCUGAUAGUGUUUUAACGCCUGCAGAGAAAUUAGAAUGGUUAACGCAAAAAAUUCAAGUUAUCAAAUGCUUAAUAGAAUUUACUAUCAUAUUACUCAAAGAAACCGAUCCAAACAACUUGAGGCCUAUAUGGAAUUCCAAUCUCUUUGAAAAGAAAUUUUAUAAAUUAUUAGGAAAUUGCUUGCUACGUCCUAACUCCAUUGGAUUAAAUCAAUUAUCGGAUGAUAUAAUCAAACAAAAACUUUUAAUUAAACAAUCAGGAACCUUAUUUGAGUUGUUUAAAAAAUUGUCUGCUGGUAAUGAAACUCAAUUGAAACAGUUAGCAAAAGAACUCGCUGAGAUUGCAUUUUCCGACAAAGUCAAUUUAUUAAGUAUUGAAUUAGAUAAAUCAGAUCCUACAUAUUAUGUCCAAAUUACUGAUGGAUAUUUGGUUCUCAGCUGUUCUGGACUUUUUCCGGAUCUAUUAGAACACGAAAUGAAUUCGCAUAUGAACACUAGUUCAAAAUUAUAUGAUUACAUUUUAGCAAGCUGGAAAAAAUUCAAUGACCUCCGUGAUGUCAUAGAUCCGCUGUGGGUUGUCCUUGUUAAGCGACUAUUAUCAUUUGCUCUUUCUCUUAGUAAAUAUAAUGGUGCGAUUAACCAAUGGCUACUUAGUGAUAUAAUUGGAUUCCCUAGUAAUAACUCGGAUUUCUAUCAUCAAAAUGGGACGAUUUACUACCAGAAGUUCUCCUCAGUUAUCAAUGAACAUAUAUCAUGCAAUUUUGGAGAAUUUGCUAAGAUCUUUUAUGAAAAUAUUAGUGGGCUCAAGGAUCAAAAUACUAUUGCAAUGGAUGUUGCUAUUGUUAAAGAUAUAAUAUUAAAUCUAAUUGAUUAUUUGUCCUCUAAGAAAGAAACUCGACAGAAUUUGACGUUUUUAAAUGAUUUAAUUUCAGAGAUCUAUUUUCUUGAGGAUUUCGUGAAAUUAUGUACUUCUGACCAUAAAUAUUUAUUAAAAUUUUGGAAUGGAUUAUUUUUGUUGGAACCGAACUUAUUGAAACGAUUUUCACUGGAAAACUUUGGAAAAUUUCAAAAUUUAUUUCGGGAAAAUUAUGAAUCAUUCCUUGAUAGAAAAGUUGACCUUGAGUUCAAGAAUGAAGCUUUGGAUCUUUUGACUUUUUAUUUAAAAUCGGAUUUGCCAAAAGCAAAGAUUGAAAGCUUUAUUGAAUACAUUCUUUAUCAACAAAUACCCACUGAUUCUAAGGAUUAUUCGAAACUAAAUGAAUAUUUGUCGAUUCUUGAUAAAAUGCUUAAGACGACAGUGAGAUCCGGAAGCGUGAGCUUAUUUAAAAUAUUGAUUCCCACGUUUUGUCGUGAGAAUGAUCAUGUAUAUGGAGAAGAAUUUCAACAACAAAUUAGUAAAUUUGUGUCAAAGCUUUCUCGUUCCAAAUAUGUUGAUACAAUGGAUAUAGCUUACAGAUAUUUCACGAAUCCAACAUACAUUAGCUUUCAACGAAUUAUUAUUGAGAUGAUUUUAUCACCUCCUUUGCUGAAAGGUCCGAAGAUUUUUGUAUUGGAUUUUUAUAAGAAACAUAUUAAUGAAAUCAUCAAUCUUCUUGAGCAUGAUAAAUAUCCAAGAAAUGUUGAGGAGAAAGUAUAUGGUCUUAAUGAAAAGGCAGGAUCAUUGACGCUUUUACAAAUAUCCUUAAAUAUCAAACGGAGCGAAAUCGUCCAAGCUUAUUGUCAAGGAAGACCAUUGAAAGCAAAGGAAUUGACGAAAAAAGUGAUGGAAAAGGCACAUAGGAUUAAGUCAAAAGCAGAUAGAGACAAUACCGGUAAUAAAUUAGUAUCUGAGGCUAAUUUGCGUUACCGUUGUGAAGCAUAUAAUGCUUUGGCGGCUGCAAUUUUAUGUACACAAAAUAAUCCAGUGUAUUAUAAAGCUUUCUUGUUUUCCGAAAAUCUUUUAAAAGGCGAAUUAUUAUGGGAAAACAUUAUUGAUAUAGAGACCAGUUAUCAAAUAAAUGUUGAAACAAAUCAAUCAUUGUUUAGGACGAAAGUUGAUGAUUAUAGAUCUAGGUCCGGAGGAUUUUCUAAAUCGAACAGUUUGAAGAAUCUUGCAUCACAAUAUUUGGAGGAUUCUAGCGUAACACAAAGUGGUGCUUUCCUUAAUGAGUUACCUAAUGAUACCGAAGAUAGGCAACUUUCUAGCGAAUCCGAAAAUGAAUAUUUAGGCCUAAUGCAAAUGGAUAUCGAUAAACCAGUUGAAAAUAAAUCGGAUUCUGAAGCACGCGGAUUAGAUGUUGAUGACUUCAAUCGCCACCCUUGUAUGAAAAUGAUCAUUAGAGUUAUAGAUCGACUUCAUAAUCAAUUAACCAAGUCAACAGGUCCUGAUGACCCAAUGCCUGGGUGGAUGAACGAUAUGUAUAAAAAAUUUACAAAUAUAGGAAAUGAAAUUAAGGAGAAUGAUACGCAUGUAAAUAUCCGCUUAUUUAUUGCUAAAAUUAUAGUCAAUAUUCCAGAAGCAUUUGAAAAAUAUGCCUCUUUAUGGAUUCGUCCCAUUAUGAAAUUAAUAACCGAAGGCAAUUUAUAUGGCGAAGGAAUUAAUUAUUACAUUCAGUUUUUGAUGAAAAAUUCGUACGAUAAAUCACGCGUUAUCAUUAGAAAUAACAUUUUAGCCAUUAAGAGGUUAUUUGAAACUUGGAGUGAAUUAAUUGUUGUACCUACACGCAUCAUUCAUGACCUCAUCAGUAAUCCUACAAGAAACAGUGAAAAAGUUUACACUGGGUUACAAUUAUUAGGAAUAGUUCUAGCGCAUAACAAACCUUUGUUUCAAGAUGAAGUUGGACUUGAUUUGGAUGGAUUAACUUCUGAUAAAUUUUAUAUGGAUUUAAUCAAUUUAUUAGAUGGCUUUAAGCAAAGUAUUCGUGCAUUAGCAGCUGAGGUUUGUGGUUUGGCUAUUAAAAAUUUGCGAAAAUUUCAUUGUUCGGAUGGUCUUUCAGCUCUAUUGAAUCCAAUGUUUCAAAAGAUAUCUGGAAUGUAUCGACAAAUUUCAUUCAAGUCGUCUGUAUCUGAUUUGGAAAACUUCCUUAUUGUUAUUCAUCAUAUGUCGAUACACGACGUUGAUGUUGCUGUUAAAUUUUUGAAAUAUGUCUUUGGCAUCCUGCCAAAAUUAGAAAAUAAAAAGAUAUUGGCGUUAGAGAUAAUUUCAUUUUGUGCCGGUCAUGAUAAGGAUCUGUUUACGAAUUUACAAAGUGAUCGACUUCUAGGCUUUUUAAAACACAGAGACGAAAAUGAGCAAUUACUUGCCUUGAAAAUCUUAGCUGGUAUACUUAAUGAUAUUGAUAUUGCAACAUUUGAUUAUUACUUGAAUAAUUUAAUUGAAAGUUUCCAAGACCAUCCUGAUAAUGAUUUCGAUACAGAUGAAUCGAUUCAGCAAGCAUUGAUUGAAUUCUGGCAUGUACAAGAAGAACUUUCACGUGAUACAUUUACAAAGUUAAAAGAGCUUAUUGGUAAUCUUUAUUCUACCGAAACCGAGAAUUUAUUCCUCAACUAUGCUUGUUACUUGUUACUUGAAGGAUCCAAGAAGAGCAUUGAUUAUAAUAAACCUAUAUUUAACCAACCAUUGCCGCUAUCCAAAUUUGAUGAGAAUUAUGAUGAUAUUGAUACAUCAUGGCGAGUGAAUAAUACAAUGACUCCUUUGUUUAUGAAUUCGCAAAAAAAUAAACCAAAGAGCUCGUCUCAAGAUGAAAAUGCAGAACUUGGUUCUCAAGUUGCUGGCUACUCUUUGACACAGUCAAAUUUAUUAUUUUCACAACAAACUUUUCCCAAUAUGGAACAAGGCGAUAUACAAAAAUCAAUACAAACUUCGGAAUAUCGAAGAUCUAGUCAACGAUCUUUCGAAACAUAUUCUCAACGCGAUUUUAAACAUAAAAUGCGGACAGAAAAAAAGCAAGCUGAAAUAUAUAAGACGAGCCAGCAUGGCGUAUUCCCAAAGAAUGUUUCGUUGUUACGUAGAUAUCGAGUUGGUGAACUUCCUGAUAUCGAAAUUAGUCACGGAGAACUAAUUAAUCCAUUACAAUCAUUAGCACAGCGAGAUUUGAGUUUAUCUCGGAUAUUGUUCACGUAUCUAUUUGUUUCAAUAUAUAAUCAAAUUGAUAAUCAUGAUGUGCAGACUAAUGAAUACAAAAAAGACAUAGCUCAACAUAUUCAAGAUAUAUUUGGCAAAUCCACUAUGAACUUCCCACCCUUUAUUGGAAGUUGUUUAAGAAUCUGUUAUGAAGUCGGUGAUAUCGAAAUAGAUCCGAAUACGAUUCGUAAAGCAUGUAACUUAAGCUCAACGGAAUCACUGGGAAUUAUUUUGAUAGAGCGGCAGCUAUUAUAUACUUCCAUAGGAAGAGAAUCUAAGAGGUCACGUACCACAAAUUCUAGUCUUGUUGCUUCAAGCAAAAGACCUUGGAUUGAAUUGAGUCAUUUAUAUAAAUCCAUUGAUGGUCAUGAUGUUUACAAGAGUAUCUAUGAAAGCAAAAUAGCUAUCAGUGAACUUACAAAAGAUGCUCUUAACGCAGAGCUUUUGGGAGAUUAUGCCUUAGCAUGUAAUCAUUAUCUUGAAGCGUUGAAUAGUGAAGCCGAAGUUGAUGAUAUUGAGGUUGCUUUGUGGGAAGAAAGACGUUUUGAUUGUCUUGAAAAGCUGUGCCAAUGGGAUGAUUUGGCGGAGACCGUUCUUGUUGAUAUUGAAGGCAAUUUAAGCAACUUAUGGGAUGAUGAAUUACAGGAGAUAUAUCUACAAUAUUUUAUCCAUAGUUUCUUUAAAUUAGCUCAUUGUGAUGAACAUAAUGAACAUCGGCAGCUUUUUUUCGAUUUUAUUGAUAGUACUAAUAAUAAUCAAUAUCAAAAAUCCUUAUUGACAACGCAAUAUCCCAUUGAACUUGCAUUGAGUUCACUAACAAAAAAGGAUUUGGAACAAGCACGGUUUUAUGUUCGAAAAUCAUUUGAUGAUUUCUUAUUUACAUGGUCUACUUUACAUCCAUUGGCAAUCGGCACUCGAUUGGGUAAAUUGAGCUCUUUACAACAGACUGUAGAAAUCGAAGAAUAUUUAAAUCUUCAUCAAUCUUCUGAGAGGGAUCAGACUUGGAACACAAUUAUCUCGCGUUGGAUGAGGAGAUUUCCUUCAAAAACACUUGAUUCCUCCAAUAUAUGGGAUGAUAUUUUUGCUAAAUUUUGCGAUUACUUUUUGCGUAAACUUGAAUCUACCGAGGAGAAAAUGCAAACUAUAUUUGAUCGUACACAAUAUGCUUCUAAUGUAGUCGAAUCUAUUAAUUCCGUAUGGAAGUUUAUUCGAUGGAUUACUCAAAUUGUUGCGAUCUUGGAUCAACCUAUAGCUCGUUGUGUUUUUCCGAUAUUAUUCAAGCUUGUCGAAGAAUUUCCCGGAAGCUUGUAUUAUCCACUCACUAUCAGCAGUGAAUAUUAUAAAUUUGAUGAAAAUACUCCUCUGGCUCGAGAGAAUAAGAUUAAAGUCCAAGAAUUGAAGCAAAUAAUAAAAUGCAAUGUUACUGAUUUAUUUGUAACUGAGCUUCAAAGACUCACUGAUUCUGAAAUACAUUUCCAAAAUUGGGCAAAAUCAGUUAAUAAUUUGAUUAGGGCGAAUGCAGGUGGCAAUAAAACUGCAGAAAUAAUGGCUUCUUUCCAAGAAAUGAGAAGAGACGGUUCAUUAUUAGCAAAUAUGUUACCAAGCGAUUUUAAGACAAAAAUAUGGGAAUACUACUUAAAAAAUAUUAAACGUCAAAAUAGAAAGGCACAAGAGGGAGCUAAUUUAUUGAAAUCUUACUCUGCAUGGCUUGCUGAGUAUUCUUCUUCGAAUGUUGAAAAAGAAAUUGAAAUUCCGGGACAAUAUGAUGGAUUAAAUAUUCCUGACCCAAGCAAACAUGUCAAAAUCGCACAUUUCGAUCCCAAUAUUUUGGUGUUGUCUUCAUUACGUAAACCAAAACGAAUUAUUAUAUUGGGAACGGACGGUAAUGAACAUAUGUUCCUUGUGAAAGGAGGAGAAGAUUUAAGAUUAGAUCAGAGAGUUCAACAACUAUUUUCACUUAUGAACGAAAUAAUGAAAAAAGAUUCUUUCUGUUCCCAACAUAAUAUAACACAAAAGACUUACAAAGUUGUGCCAAUAACGGGUCAACUUGGAAUAAUAGAAUGGAUUAAUAAUACGAGGACUAUGCGCUGCUUUAUUGAAAGGGAACUUAAUGAUCCAAAAGUUUUUACUGAUGCACAAUCAAUGCAUUCGCGUUGGGCUUCAAACUAUUAUAAUAUAAUUAUGAAAGCAAACCGUGAUAAUGUGGUUCAACAUUUCAACGAUCUUCAGAGAGAAAUUAAAAAUGACUUGUUAAAAAAGGCACUAUACAAGCUUGCUGCCUCUCCUGAAGCACAUUUAUCGAUUCGAUCUGAAUUUAUAAAGUGCCAUGCGGCAAUCAACAUAUGCGGAUAUCUUAUUGGUAUUGGAGAUCGACAUUUAGAAAAUUUCUUAAUUGAUACAAAGAGUUCAUUGAUAUCUAUUGAUUUUGGUCAUGCGUUUGGUUCAGCGACAGAAAUAUUGGAUUUUCCAGAAUUAAUACCUUUCAGACUUACUAAACAGAUAGAAACAUUAAUGGAACCUCUCGGGUCUAAAGGGCUGUUAGAGUACCCAAUGAUUAAAAUAUUGCAAAUUAUGCAAGCAAAUAAAGAGAUUUUGUUAAAUGCAAUGGAUAUUUUCGUAAAAGAACCAUUAUUGGACUGGCAAACGCGUGCCCUCAAACAAGCUAAACAACAAAAAAAUCGAGGUAGUAAUGAAAUUGGAGAUGAUGAUUCACAGACUGUGGAAUGGUAUCCACGAUUAAAGUUAGAUAUUGCUCGGCGAAAGCUUGAGCUUGAAAAUCCGGCCUCUAUCGUUUGUAAUGAAUUGGGAACUGGACAUUCAAAUAAACCAUGGUUUACUUCAAUUAUUAAAAUUGCGCAAGGUGAUCCUAAUCAUAAUAUAAGAGCCAGGGCCCGCCAAAAAUGUUUUAGCGUUAAAGAGCAAGUUGAAUGCUUGAUUGAUUUAGCCACAGAUCCGUAUGUGUUAGGUAUAAUGUGGGUCGGUUGGCAAAGUUGGGUAUAA